AUGUCGAACAUGGCUCCAAAAAUUCUCGCCAUCCGGAUUCAUUCGCUGACGACAGCGUUCAGCCGGUGCUACCAUCGUGCGACCGCCCUGCACCGUCCGACAGGCCCACCAAAGCUCUCACCAUACGACGUAAAUUGUAUUUUGCGGACGAAUGAGCACACGCAGGAAUUUUUUAGCGGCUCUGUUAAGAGUUAUGACUCGAACCAGCUCGCGUCGAACUCACCGAUCGAAGAUUCGCGCAGCGAGGGAAGUUGCGUGCACACGUCCGGUUUGCUGGUGGGCAUUUUCGAUGGCCACGGAGGACCCGCCUGUUCGCAGGUGAUAAGCAAACGGUUGAUGCGCUACAUCGCAGCCUCACUGGUGCCUCCGGAUGAUCUGCGCCAGCACAUGCUGAACGGUUCGCAGAGCUUCUCCUUUCUGAGCUGUCACAACGAUAAGCUUGAGUUUGUUAGCGAAAUUAAGGAACUGUACGAGAAAAGCUUCAUCCAGUUCGCGAACGAGCUCACCAACACUACGCUGGCCGGCUUCCAGAUGCACCAGACGCUAGAGAAUGCGUUCGUCCGACUGGAUCAGGAUCUCUCGCGAGAGGCUAUCGAAAUGCCCAGUCUAAGGACGAUGUCGGUGGCCAUGAGUGGUGCUGUGGCGCUAGUGGCGCACAUAGACGGGCCCCACUUACACGUGGCCUCCGUUGGCGAUUGCUCGGCGGUGCUCGGAACCGUCACCGACACCGGUCAAUGGAUCGCCAAAAAGCUCACGAAUGAGCACAAUUCGGACAACGUGGGUGAGGUGCGUCGGUUGCUCAGCGAACAUCCGGCCACCGAACGCGACACGGUUAUCCGCGGCGAACGACUGCUGGGUCAGUUAGCUCCGCUGCGAGCCAUGGGUGACUUUCGGUACAAGUGGACACGCGAGCAGCUCGAACAGCUGGUCGUGCCGCAGUUCGGGGAACAGGUGAUUGCACCGUACUAUCUCACUCCGCCGUACCUGAGCGCGUGUCCGGAGAUCACACACCACAUACUGACACCGCGCGAUAAGUUCCUCAUCAUCGCCAGCGAUGGGCUGUGGGACACGAUGAGUGCUAUGCAAACGGUGCACCUUGUCGGCGAGCACAUGUACGGGAAGGCUUUUCUGCAACCGCUAAAGCUCCCGAAACAAGACAUCAUGCUUGGGGAGAUUAGUCAGAUGCUGAGCACACGGAAGGCGGGCUUGCAAAAGAAGCCACUAGACCGAAACGCAGCGACCCAUCUCAUUCGAAAUGCGCUCGGCGGCACGGAAUACGGCGUAGAGCACUCGAAACUAUCGCACAUGCUGUCCCUGCCGCAGGACAUCGUGCGGCUGUUCCGGGACGACAUCACUAUCACGGUCGUGUACUUCGACUCGGAAUACCUCAGAAACUGUCCUACCUGAGACGUGUGGCGUGUCUGUCGAGCAGGAAAUGAUUCGCAAAACACGCAAACAAACCCAGGGCAUUUAAUCGAAAUGACGCCCGCGCUUCCCAACGAAGCACGAGUCUCAGUGUCGAGUGUCUGCGAAUCACUUCCCCCAAAGGCUGGCCUUUUCAUGUCGUAACGCUCAAUACUCGUGUUCGUGUUUCAAACCCUGCCCGGUUUGGUGUUUGGUGAGUCAUUUUUGCAGGACGAAAGCAAGCAGCUUACGACGAAUAUCCAAACAACGAAAUCCUACGGGGUAUUUUUGUUUCCGUUUUUUGAGACUUUUUUUUUAAAUGUGUGCCGAUUUAAUCACAGUCAAUCAGAAACGUGUCUAGAAAUGUUUAUAAAACCUGUUUAGCGUUUAGCAUGUACAACCGUACGGGAAGUAAUGUACGAAGUGGAAACGG